AACACUCCCUCUGAGCUGCUCCCUGUUCCUGUUUUAACCUGUGUACAGUCUAAGGUAUUUACUCGUUGGUGCCGUACGCUCGAGAGUGUGUCUGUGUGUGUGACAGCGUGUGUGUAUCGCUGCGAGACGGUCGGACUGAACAGGACGGUGUGGAGGAGGAGUAAUGAUGUUUUUCCCAAAUGUCGAGCAGAGGGAGAAUCGCAGAGAACUUUCUACGGAUCUGACUCCCACAGAAGCUGACUAGAGCAGGCAAGGGGUUGUGGUGGUAGAAGAAGUGACACCUGAGGCCUGGUCAAGAAGUGACACCUGAGGCCUGGUCAAGACCAGGGUCUGGAACUGAGCCCAAGGCCUGCUCAGCCCAGGGAUGCCCCGGGCUAGGCUGCAGCUAUGGAGGCUGCCUCUGUUGAGGCUGCUGGCCUCCUCUCUGGUGCUAUAUGUCUGCCUACACAGAACCUCAGGCAUGUCCGGUUGGGGAGGAUGUUUUGAAGGCCAGGAUGUGUUUGCGACCGUCAGAGAGAACAGUCACAUGGGACAGCUCGUCGCUGAGCUAGUUGUAGACACAGAGACAGCCAAUGGGAUUCACUGGAGCCUCACCGGGCAGAAUGCUGAUUGGUUCUUCCUGGAGGGCAUAAACCUCCGACUCAACACAUCAUCAGAGAAGGUCCUGGAUAGAGAGGCGCAGGGGCAAAUCCUUAUGGCGGCGCUGACUUGCUAUGAAGAUCACAAUGUUCAGAAUAAAUAUAGGAUCAUGGUGGAGAUUCUAAAUGAGAAUGAUAAUUUGCCUGUGUUUGUAAAUACUACUGUCCAGCCACUCAUUAUCAGUGAGCUGACAGCUGUGAACACAUUGGUGUUCUCUGUCCUGGCUGUUGAUGCAGAUGGAGACACCAUCAUAUACUCCAUUGACCAAUCAUCGCCUGACGCUGAUUACUUCAAGGUGGACCUCCCUAACAGUGGGACUGUGAUGCUUGUGAAACCUCUGGACUAUGAGACCAAGACCCAGCUGAACGUAACCAUCUACGCGACGGAGAUGAACACACCAGAGCAGUUCAUGACCAGCAUUACCGUCACCGUCGACGUCACAGACGGAGACGACCAGUACCCACAAUUCCUGCCCUGCACGCUACUCUUCCAGGACCAAUCCAGUCGCAUCUGCGCCAACCCUGUGUACUCUGUCAACGUAACAGAAGGAGAACAGGAUAUUGUCCUGGACUUCUCUCCUGGACCUAUCCACGCUGUAGACGGUGACAGAAGUCUCAGCUCUCCGCUCAACUACACCAUCCUGUCAGGGGCCGAUAAUGGCCGUUUUCUAAUGGAUAGAGUGACAGGGGAAGUCAGACUAACUCGGGGAGUGGAAGACAGACUCCUCACACCAACACUGCGUCUACGAAUCAUGGCAUACCAGAGGGAUGACCCUCGGAAGUACUCGGUUGCCACCGUGCUGAUCCGUGUUCUGGCAGUGAACCGGUUCCCUCCGCAGUUUGACCGGGCCGCAUACCGGGGCUUUGUGAUGGAGGGCAACAGCCCCGUCUCCCUGGUCAACACCUACGGCAACACGGUGCUGAUGCUGCACGUGCAGGACCAGGACUUCUCAGACGGAGUCAAUCACAGGAUACAAUUCUUCUUGAAUCCCACAUCUGAGCACACUCAGUUCUAUCACGUCACACAAGAUGGGCUUUUGAUCGCCCGGACCAAUGAGCUGAUGCCGUCGCAGAAACACAUGCUAGAGGUAGUGGCUUUGGAUCAGGAGUCUGGUGAAACCGCCCAAGCCUCUAUACUGGUGCAGGUGUUGUACGAUGGACAAGAAGUACCUCAGGGCCCGCUGGGGGAGGUGGGGCGCAUGAACGCCUGUCGUUUGGGCAAAGCUGUAGGCCUGUGUUGUGUGCUCAUGAGCAUACUGAUGUGCAUCCUGUGGGCCAUGAUGCACCUGCUCCGGAGACACUGGGGGAAGAGCGAGCCCUCCGACCGGGGCUGUGUGGCCCAGGGAAAACACCCCAACGUGAGUUUACGGUGGUUCCAGGUGGUGAGCCAUCGCAAUCCCAUGCCUGUCCGCGAUGAGGUUAUCUUCCACAAUGAGGCUCUCACCGACUGCACCUCCACCUUCGGCCUCCAGGGCAAACAGGGUAUCUACUUCAGGAAUGGCCCCAACGGAGGCCUCGAUCCCCCCAGCAAGUCUAACCUGCCUCUCCCCAGCCUCAGCCCCACCUUGACUAACUUCAGCCCUGCACUGCUCGAUACCAUGUGUGCACCACUCAGCUGCACCCCUCCAUUUUCCAGUAUCUCUUCCAGCCCUGCUCACCCUAGCACCAGUCCUCCUCCAUCUUCUGCCCCCUCCAGCCCUCCUCUUCAGUCUCCUGCUCCCCAAAACACCAGUCCUCCUUCCCCUAUGUCUUCACCCAUCUCUAUCCACAGAGCCACACCUUUCCAUCCAUACCUCCCCACUCUUUCAACAGUUACUUUACUCACUUCACCCCAGCCACCGAAAGACUCGGUUCCACCUAAGGUCAACUCAAGGGUGCCCAGUGAUACACCCACAGAACAGGACCCCCCCGCUCAACUCCCACCUCUGCCUCCUCCACGACCCCCACCGGUGCUUACACCCCCCAUCGUCGAUGACACAGGCACACCCCCACCCACCCCCGAAUCCACCCGCACACCAGAGUCCCCCGCGUUGUCCAUUAAUACACCCACCCACACGGCACCUCCCCCCGUCCAAUGGCGUGUCACCUCCCCCUCUCCACCCGAAACACCGUCCGAGGUAAACUGCCCCCCUCCUUGCUCCGAGAAGACCCACACGCCCAGGGAGGCGGGAGCGGGCACAGGGAGCCCAACUGGAAAGCAGCCAGCUUGCUCGCACUCUGGAGAGACCCCUGGCAGCGAGAAAGAGGAUGAGGAGGACAUUCAGGGGGAUGAAGAUGCAGAGCAGAACUGUCUGAGGAACGAGGAUCAUGACAGGGAGGAUGAAGAGCUGGCGAGAGCCCUCGAACGCCUACAGCCCGUCUUCCUCACCUUCCGACCUGGCGCAAAGAAGUAAGUAUCAGCAGACCAAUCAGAGAGACUGACUGAAGACUGACUGAAGUGAUUGGAUUACACAUUGUGUCUGGGGGGGAGACAUCAAAUAUUGAUAUCCACUGUCAUCACGUAACAAAAAUCCUACACAUUUUAUAUAUGAUUUAAUAUAAUAAGGAGUUGUCGGUUAUCUGUGGCACACAGUCAGGUGAUUGUAUUUUUGUGAGUGGUUAUUUAUUAAGUUCAAUGCAAUUGUACCAAUUAUAAUUGGUUGUUGUUAAUGGAGGUUUCUGUAUACCUACUGUCUAUGUCUCUAUAAACUGCCUUCCAUUUCUUAAGUAAUCCAUAAUAUGUGACUAGUUUACCCACUGACUUGUCAGUUUUCAAACUGUGAUAUAAAUAAAUGGUAUCCCAUGA